CGAAGGUAAUUGUCGCUUGUGUUUACCGAUUUAAGAUUUACACCCUUAACGCAAACUAAACCGCCUUUUCGAACGAAGAAGCGGAAAACUGGAUGACACAGCGAGAUUAAGCAAGUUCAGGCUGCAUACCAGCUUGACAGCAGUCAAAACUUGUCAAGCUUGAAAGUUGCAUUUUUAAUAACCGAAAAACACCGACGAAAUUUGUAAAGUACGCCCACACGUUUGAAACUCGUUUUGUGGCUUUUGCUUUCUUGUUAUCGUUCUCUUCUGUGAAGUCUGGCUGAAGCAGGGGCUGCGAUUCUUUUCACGAGUUCAACCAAUAAGAAAACUCAGCUCAUCAUGAUGGUAAGCAACUCUUCAAUAAAUGACAGCUUCACAAAUGAGGCGCAAGAAACCCAGCUUAAGUGGCUAAAUGCUGUACAGUACACAAUGUUCACAACGAUCUUUGUGGUCAGCGUUAUCGGGAACACUUUGGUCUGUCUCGUCAUUGCACGAACUCCGCGCAUGCGCACCACACGUAACUUUCUACUGGUAAACCUUGCCGUAGCUGAUCUGACAGUCGCAAUGCUUUGUAUUCCCUUUGAAGUAGUUUUGAAGUUGACGUACCCUCGCUGGCCCCUGGGACCGGUAAUGUGCAAGAUACUAUGGCCUACCAUGACGUCAGUGACCACGUGCUCCUCGGCCACCCUUGUUGCUAUCAGUUACGACAGGUUCCGAGCUGUUGUUCAUCCUUGGAAGCCCCGUUUCACUUCAGUACAAACAACCAUUAUUAUUGCUACCACGUGGUCAGUUUCCUACGUACUUGUGAUACCCUAUCUACUGGUUCUGUCAAUCAAGGAUAACUACUGCAGAGAAGUGUGGCCAAGUGCUGUAGCAAGGCGUACUUACACUUUGGGGCUGUUCGUCAUUCAGUUUGUCGUUCCCAUCUUCAUCAUCGCUUUUGCUUACACCAAGGUAGUAUUAAAGCUGCGGGAUCAAGCUGCACGUUUCGCGGUAGAGAAAAAAGACCAAGACACUGCUACUCCAGAAAUUACUCGCGCAGGUAAAUCUAGCAGCUUCUUGUCUGUCGAAGUCAGCGAUGUGAACUCAAUAUCUGGAUCACCUCUGCCCACCAAGAAAUUUACAACCAGGCUUAACAAACUUGUUUUGUCUCCCAAAUGUCCCAGAACUGGUCAAAGUAGCGCUAUUCAGCGGCUUGAGCGGAACACAAAGAUAGUCAAGAUGCUGCUUACAGUGGUUUUCCUGUAUGUGGUCUGCAUGCUCCCCAACCAAGUAGUGUGGCUGUGGUACGAGUUUGGUUCGGGGCAGAACUCUCCAUAUCUUAGGGUACUACUAACGCUAGGAAGCUCCAUGGUGUAUUUGAAUAGCUCAGUAAAUCCGAUUCUCUAUGCUGGAAUGAAUGAUGAAUUUCGACGAGGGUUCAUUAACCUCUUGAGAUGCCGAUGUAGGCGUCCUAUAAACAAAUGACUUUAACCGAAAUGAACUCUUUAAUAGACGGUUGGACGAACUUGAGCCGCAGUUUAGCGAGCGAAAGUUACUUGGAAAGGGUUACAUGCUAAGUUUUCUUGGCAAGAUAAGUUCCUUGUUCAAAAACUGACUUGUUAGGUGACUUGAAAAUGUAAUGAGCUUGGAUGAAUUCAUAAGAUACUAGCUUUGAUAACUGUAAUGGCUUUUAAGUAUUUGUCAACGUUACCCCAUAAAGUUGUUCGUGUAAAGAUUGGUUAACACGUUUUUUGUGCAGCAGUAUCAAGUUUUCAUUAUGAAUGCGGCCCUAUGGUCAUUCAACAUCGAGGACAAAAAUUACUGACCAAACAGUAAUAACUGUUUCUUUAAUACAAUGAACUUUUAUCUUGAUUUUCCUUGAUUGUUUUCGGACACCUAGAUAUUUAGCGACAUGACAACGACAUCACGGAGAACACAGGUAUUUUUGUUGACCAGCUUCGUUGUCCUUCUGCUCCUUUGUGACCUUUUUGUUCUGUACUGCUGACAUGUAAAACAAUCUAACUGGAUAUCGUCAAAGCCGAAAGUGUAUAGUGCUAUGAUUCUGCUUUUGAACGAAUAGCAAAUGUUUCAUAUGUAAUGAUCAUCUGUCCAGUUUCUCAGUAUAAUUGUGCGUUGCUUUCUUUAGAUCGAAUAGUCUUAGAAUUAACAACCUACACGGUUGGCGUUACUUAGUUGAAUUGUCUGCUUAUGGGAGCAAUAACAAUAUAUUCGUUAACCAAUAACAUAGCCUAUAGCUUUUAAAAAUAGUAAGGAAAGAACCAUGUUAUCCAGAAUCAAAAAUAAACUCAUUUUAUGGAAAAGGUUAUUGUUCAUCUCUGCUUUACAGAUUAAUUACGUUACUUUAAUCGUUUGUGUCACGAUAUAAGAGACAGGCUAAUCAUUCGUGUGUUGAUCGAUAAACCUGUAAACAUCCAAGCUUCGGGAAUUUCGAUUCCACUAUCCCUAUUGAUGUUGUUGGGAUGAAGUCUUACAUGAAUAGCUUCUUUGACCCUACGUGUGUACCAGUGGGGCCACGAUCAAUAAACUUAACCUUGCUUUAAAUAGGAAUAUGCCCCAUUUCGUUAGCGCCCUCCGAUUAACU